AUGCUUCGUGCUCUUGGUGUCGACACCCCCCUGGACGGCGACGCCACGUUUCGCCCGGGUGCUCUUUCCGCCCGCUUGCGCGCCGCCAUCCACGCCGCGCAGUACCUCCACCGCCUGCCCACAGAACCAGACCUGCAGUACGAGAUCAAGGCCCGGCCGUGGCCCGAGCGAUCUGCAAAGGCUCGUCGGAAGCUCGCCAGAUGGUACCUCGCCGACAUGAACGGCAUCAAGCGCCCCGAUGCGCGAGACUCGGACUCCGAAGACCUGGCCCACACGACGACCAUGGCGAGCUCCCGCGGAACGCGCGCCUCCUUCAUGAGGACGGUGUCCGGCGAGCACAGCAAGGACGCCGAUGGCAAGAGUCUGCCGUACAUGGAGCUCUGCAGGGCUUUCCUUGGCCUCAUGAACUUUGUCGACGCCGGGGCGCCGUGGAUCGUGUGGGAGUCGCAGAAUGACUGCAGGUCCUUCGUCAACUUGCGGGUGCUUUCUGUCCGCGCGAUUCGCCCAUGCGGGUCGCAGGUCUGCGCACCCGCACUCAUCGUCCUGUUCCGCGCGUACGAAGAACCAGUGUCGACUCUCAACGGCGGCAGACGCUGGUGCUUCCAGCAGGCGUUGCGGUACCCACUCGACCCGAAGGAACCGACCCCCCGCUACAACCGCUCCCCCAUGCCCCACCUCGUGCUCAAGUUCGCCGUCUCGUUCGUCCUGGAAAGAAACAGGCGGUACGUCCCCCCGGGCUUCUCCGUGGUGCGGCAGAGGGGCGAAGAAGGCUUCGUGACGUCCGUCCUCUUCCCGUUUGGGCCGCUCCAGGAGGACUCGCUGGUGGAGCUGAACGCGCGCUGGGCGUGCGCGGUGUGCGGAAGCGGGGACGUGAAGGAGUGCGGAGCGUGCCGGGCGGUGGCCUACUGCAGCGCAGAGUGCCAACGCGCACAUUGGGACGUCCACCGCGCGGGAUGUGUGCCGCCCCCCGGGUGCGGGAACUGGGUGGUCAUCCGCGCACGCGACGACUGGAUGCGGACUCGCCGGGAGUACUUGGGCCUGCCCACGCACGUCCUUGAACAGUCCAACCCGGCAGCGGCAGCGCGAGAGCGAGCCAAUGCCGGCACGCCCCCAGCCCCGAAAGACGAAGACGACGGCUACGUCCCACGCAACAUGUGGGGACUGAAGCCGUUCGUCGUCAGGAUAUCAGUCCCGGAAGAGGACGACGAAGUGUGGCGGCUGUUUGUCAUGGACCGACGGCGCUCGUUCGAGUUCUGCUUCGCGGACUGGCACGACGGGGCGCUUUUCGAUGAGCUGUUGGAUGAGAUGGAGGGGCCGCGCGGGCAGGAGGGCGCGAGGGUGAUGUAUCGAUGGGCCAAGCGGGCGAGCGACAUGUCGUAUUUGCUCUGUCUGGACCACGUCCCCGCGGUGGAGCUGCACUGGUGA